GCAACUGUCUGGAACAUUCUGAAAAGUGUGGUUAGAGUUCCUUUUUGUUGUGCUCGUGAGAAAAUCUGCCCGGAAAAAUGGCUCUAUCAGUCCCCAAAGCCCCCGGAGUGUCUUCAAUGCUGAAGGAUGGAGCCCGGAUGUUCACUGGCCUGGAUGAGGCUGUUUACAGGAACAUCUCGGCAUGCAAGGAGUUUGCCCAUUCCGUGAGGUCAGCCUAUGGGCCAAAUGGAAUGAACAAGAUGGUGAUUAAUCAUCUGGAAAAGCAAUUUGUCACCUCAGACGCCGGAACAAUCAUCCGGGAGUUGGAUGUGGAGCAUCCGGCAGCUCGUUUGAUGGUCCUUGCCAGUCAGAUGCAAGAAGCUGAGGCUGGAGAUGGCACCAAUUUUGUGGUGAUUCUCGUGGGAGCUCUCCUGGAGGAGGCUGAGGAACUCCUGAGACUCGGAGUGACUACCAGUGAGAUUGUCGAAGGGUAUGAAAAGGCCCUGGCUAAAGCACAGGAGAUUCUCCCUGAUCUCGUGUGUCACGAAGUGAAGGAUUGCAGAGAUUUGGGACAAGUCCGGGAAGCUCUGAAGGCUUCCAUCAUGUCCAAACAGUACGGAAGUGAGGAUUUCCUGUCUGAUCUGAUUGCAAAGGCUUGCAUCUCCAUUCUUCCCGAGAAGACAACAUUCAAUGUGGACAACAUUCGUGUUUGCAAGAUCCUAGGUUGUGGCAUAAAUCGCUCAGAAGUUCUCAAUGGAAUGGUGUUCAAGCGUCAAGUUGAAGGGGACAUCACAAGUCAGCGCGAUGCAAAGAUCGCUCUAUUCUCAUGUCCCGUAGACAUUAUUCAGACCGAAACAAAGGGUACUGUUCUCAUCAAAACAGCCGACGAACUGAAGAAUUUCAGUCGUGGCGAAGAGAAUCUUCUUGAAGAGCAAAUUCGCGCAAUUGCCGCGACAGGAGCCAAAGUUGUGGUUUCCGGUGGCAAAUUUGGAGACAUGGCUCUUCAUUUUAUGAACAAGUACGGUCUCAUGGCCGUGAGAUUGCUGUCAAAAUUCGAUCUCCGUCGCCUCUGCAAAGCCGUCAAUGGAACUGUGCUACCACGUCUGACGGCUCCGGCACCCGAGGAGCUUGGCCAUUGCGACAAUGUUGCUGUUGAUGAAGUAGGAGGAACAACAGUUGUUGUGUUCCGCAGUGAUGGAGCUGACAGUAGGAUCGCAACUAUUCUCGUUCGUGGAUCAACGGACAAUGCAAUGGAUGAUGUUGAGAGGGCCAUCGACGAUGGAGUCAACAAUUUCAAGGCUCUAACUCGCGAUGGGCGAUUGUUGGCUGGAGCUGGAGCCACUGAAGUUGAAUUGUCGCAGCGCCUGGCUGUGUAUGCAGACACUCUGCCCGGAUUGGAUCAGUAUGCUGUCCGGAAAUUCGCUGCAGCUCUUGAAGUGUUUCCAAAAUCAUUGGCAGACAAUUCCGGCGUGAAUUCCACUGAAGUUCUUCAGGCUCUGCACUUGGCACAUCGUGGAGGGGCUAUGGCGCAGGGAAUCGACCUGGAGAGUGAACUUCCGGGCACUCUGGAUGCCAAGGAAGCCAAGAUUUUCGAUGCAUUCUCCACGAAAAUGUGGGGCCUGAAGUAUGCUGUUGGAGCAGCCACGACGAUUCUCAAAGUGGAUCAAAUCAUCAUGGCCAAGAGGGCGGGUGGCCCGAAGCCGAGACAGGCGCCAGGAAGUGACGAUGAAUCGUAGAAAAUGCGAGCAUCCGGAAAAUUUUUAUCAAGUUCUUUUCUUUUGUAUUAACUCACCCAUUUCUCAGCUUAAAUAUACAUCCCCAGUGGUCACUAAA